AUGUAUAUUGUUGAUCUCACCGAGACACAAACUGCAGCAGAACGACGUCAUCGUGCCGUGUCCUCUGAGGCGUCAGAUACCCCCCGGCCCGCGCGUUCACUCGACCGGCAGGUCGUUCUCGAAGAAGACGAGUACACCGAGGCACUCUCCCAAAUCAUCGCACGCGACUUCUUCCCCUCGCUCGUACACCUCGACGCGACAAACAACUACCUCGACGCGCUCCGAUCCGAUGAUCCCCAGCUCAUCCAGGCUCUACCCACCCCGCUGCGCACGCCGCGGAGCGAGCGCGGCGAGCCCGCCGCGAAACGCGCGCGGUUCGACACGGACAUGAGCCUCGACGCCUUCACGCAGAUCCUCGCGGACGAGAACCGGCAGCGGCAGGAGCGGUACGGGUGGGCGUGGGCGGCCCAGCGGCGGCUUGCGGUUGUGUACGAGGACGACGAAGAGGAGGUGGAGGACUCAUUGAUGGGGCGCAUGCUACUAGUCCCGCGGUUGCGCCAAAGCCGAGCUCUGCUCUCUCAAGAUGCCGACGUCCUGGCACCCAAGAAGGACACGCGAUCGGCUGGGGUCGACGGAUGGGAGUUCAAGGCCAGUGCAAGUGCGACGGAACCGAAAGGUGCUCCGAAGGCGAUCAAGCACGGAAACACACGUCUGCCACAACAAGAUGACAAUUUAGACCAUUCCUUAUCCGCCCCUCCGAGUCCUACGCGGAGCCGGAUAGAUGCUGCGAUUGCUGGCACUCCAUGUGAGCACAGCUCUUUACGUUCUGUACUAGAGAUCUCAACGUCGGCUCUCAGAUCGCCCCGGUCACCAUCCAACAGCUCACACCCAUUGGUGCCUUCUGUCCCAUCGCCAACACCAUCCGAACUUGGCCCCGCGGCGGUAAAGCAGCUCAUGACGUGGGGUACGUUGAACGCUACGCCUCGGGUGUUGUCACAAUCGGACGAUCCAGUCGAUUUUCCGACUCCUGCAACACCAUUUCGAAUCGCGGAGCCGAGCUCUCGAGAGCGACUCUCGCACAAGAUGUCCACCGACGCUGCGAAAAGCCUGCGAGCCAAGGCGGGCUUGCUCAGCGGCAUGCCGCUGCUGUCUCGAUCCUCUGCUGGGAGCAGAGCGCGAAGAACGUCAAUGCCCCCGCCAUCGUUUACCCCACGCAAGUCGGAUGCUCCAGGAUCGCUCACGCCAGCGGCGAAGCGCCUUCUUGACAGAACUACGAUGGGUACAGCCGCCUCCAGGCGCGCAGACGCGAUGGGACGACUGGCAGGCUGGGAAGGGGACCGGAAAGAGAGGGAUCUACAGAGGGUCCGGUGGACACCGACGCCGAGUCCGGUUACAAGGCGAGCAUGA